AUGGCCAACAAAAAGCGGGUUAGGUUACCCACUAGAAAAGUUAUUUUAGAAAGACAAUCUGUACGGGAAGAGUUGCUACACAAUCUUUUAGAAGGUGGUCAAUAUCGUGACCUUAUUCGUAUGAGUGAAAAUGUUGUUAGGAGAUUAUGUGAAAUCUUACAAACUGUAGGUGGUCUACGACGACCGCAGCGCAUGUCUGUUGAGGAACAUGUUGCUAGAUUUUUGCAUAUUUCAAAACCCGAGGUUGCGUCGUUAAGGACAAAAAAGAUUGCAAACUUCGACGAUAUGUUGGUAUUAUUUGCAAAGGAUAUGGCAUCUGGUGUACAUGUUGAAACAACGAAAGAAAGAAAUGACCGAUUAAAUAAAAAUGAAAAAGUUCAAGUUGAAACAAUUAAAGAAGUUGAUGACUUGUUAGCUAACAAUGAAAUUCAUUUGGAGAACGAAUAUGUUGAUCUUGAUGAUGACAUUCAGGGUGUUAUUCCAACUCCGUUUUCACAAGGGCAGUCUUCAGGUGAAAAGAAGUGUAAGAGUAAAAAGAGGAAAUUUGAAUAA